AUGACUCUCCGGCCUCUUCUCAGUCGAAUUCAUGUCUCUUCUCCCUCCGUCGAUGCCUCUAGCAUCAGAGAUCACUGCCUGGAAGUUCCCCCCCUGGCCAGGACAGACAAGAAGAAAGAGAGCGAGAAGAAGGCCAAAGGGAACGACGGCGACGACGAGAAGGAAGAAGAAGAGAUACGAGACUCACUCAACAACGUCGACAUGAGAACAGCAGCAGCAGAAGAAGAAGAAGAAGAAGACCGACCAGACUAG